CUCACUCAUUCCACUGCUGGAAAAUUGAAUUCUAACACAAAACCUCAACCCCUCUCUCUCUCUCUCUCUCUUAUUUCUCUACACCACCACCAACUCACAUGGAAACCCCACUCCUCCUCUUUACCGUGGCUGCUGCCACCUCAGCAUACCUCCUCUGGUUCUACCUCCUCUCCCGCCGACUCACCGGCCCAAAAGUCUGGCCCCUCGUCGGCAGCCUCCCUCUCCUCUUCAUAAACCGGCGGCGCAUCCACGACUGGAUGGCCGCAAACCUCCGGGCCACGGGUGGGGCGGCCACCUACCAAACCUGCACCAUCUGCAUCCCAUUCCUAGCUCGCAAACAAGGGUUCUACACGGUCACGUGCCAUCCACGGAACAUCGAGCACAUCCUCCGAACCCGGUUCGACAACUACCCCAAGGGGCCCGAUUAUCAGGCCGCGUUCCACGACCUCUUGGGCCAGGGCAUCUUCAACAGCGACGGCGAGACGUGGCUGAUCCAGCGCAAGACUGCCGCACUCGAGUUCACGACCCGGACACUCCGGCAAGCCAUGGCCCGCUGGGUUAACCGGACGAUCAAAAACCGUCUCUGGCACAUCUUAGAGAAGGCCGCGACGGAACACACUUCCGUAGACUUACAGGACUUGCUGCUCCGCUUAACGUUCGACAACAUCUGCGGGCUCACGUUCGGCAAAGAUCCGGAGACACUCUCUCCGGAUCUACCCGACAACCCGUUCGCCAAGGCUUUCGACUCUGCUACGGAAGCCACCCUCCAGAGACUACUCUACCCGGGUUUUUUGUGGAGGUUGCAGAAGUUUUUGAACAUAGGGGCAGAACUGAGAUUGGAAAACAGCCUCAACAUUGUCGAAAAUUACAUGACGGAGGCUCUCAACGCACGGAAACAAGCUCCCUCGGAUGACCUCUUAUCCCGGUUCAUGAAGAGACGGGACACGGACGGAAACAUGUUUCCAGACGCGGUCUUGAAACGGAUCGCGCUCAACUUCGUCCUGGCCGGAAGGGACACGUCGUCGGUGGCCCUGUCUUGGUUCUUCUACUCCGUCAUGAACGACAAGCACGUGGAGGAGAAAAUCGUAGCCGAGAUCACGACGGUGUUGAAAGAAACCCGCGGGGAGGACCCGCGGGCGUGGGUCGACGACCCGCUCGUCUUCGACGAGGCAGACCGCCUGGUUUACUUGAAGGCGGCGCUGGCAGAGACACUGAGGCUGUACCCAUCGGUGCCGGAGGACUUCAAGUACGUGGUGUCCGACGACGUCUUGCCGGACGGGACCCACGUGCCGGCGGGGUCCACGGUGACGUACUCGAUAUACUCGGUGGGGAGGAUGAAGAGCAUAUGGGGGGAGGACUGCAUGGAGUUCAAACCGGAGAGGUGGCUGUCGGAGGACGGGGACCGGUUCAAGACGCCGAAGGACGGGUACAAGUUCGUGGCGUUCAACGCCGGCCCGAGGACUUGUCUCGGGAAGGAUUUGGCUUAUUUGCAGAUGAAGUCCGUGGCUUCAGCGGUGUUGCUGAGGUACCGGUUGGCGCCGGUUCCCGGCCACAGGGUGGAGCAGAAGAUGUCGCUGACGUUGUUUAUGAACAACGGCCUUCGGGUGUACUUGCACCCGCGCGUACUUUGAGCUCUAGAAGAGGGCAAUUUGGGAAAAUGAGGACGUGAUGGUUUAUGGAAUCUGAAAGGGUAUAUUGGUCAUUUGAAUUUGUAUUUACUACUAUUUUUUUUUUCCCCUUCACACACAGUUUAAUUGUUUGUAAUGCUUGUUUGGUUUCAUUUGAGCGCAUUUACUUUGUCACCCAAGAGAGUUGGUCCCCGGGUCCAAUUGAGAAGGUGCUUUCUCUUGUAUACAAAAAUGGGAUUGUAAUUUCCAUAGCUAUAGAUAUGGGUUUUCAUAGAUUCAUAUGUAAUACUCCAACAUAUAAUGAAACAUAAAUAUAUAUAUUCUUGUUUCUCACCUAAAAA